AUGACCAGCCCCAACGACGGAUCCAGCAGGAAUCUGCCCAACACCACCCCCUGCUUGAGCUAUUGGCAGCGCACGACUCGUGCAUUUCCCCAUCUCUUCGCCGACCAACACAAUCAGGUGCCCUCAACAGCAAAAUAUGUGGUUAUCGGCUCUGGAAUAUCCGGUGGUCUCACUGCAUUUGAGCUUCUAGAAGCAGGCGUUCCGGGCGAGGACGUGGUGAUUUUGGAGGCGCGAGAAGCGGCGAGCGGUGCGAGUUCGCGAAAUGCAGGCCACGUCCGACCGGAUGCUUUUCGUGGGUUCAAUGCCUACUCGAAAGUCCAUGGCCCCGAACAGGCUCUGAAGAUUAUUGCCAACGAACGCCUUGUCCUUGAAAAAGUAGACGAUUUUGUCAAAAAGCACCAUGUAGCUUGUGACUUCAACUUGACCACCACUUUUGAUGUCUGUAUGACACCCGAGUUUGCCAAGUAUGAAGCAGAAAGUCUCCAGGCAUACAAAGAGGCAGGAGGGGAUGUGUCCCACAUCGAAUUCUACGAAGGAUCAGAAGCCCGGGCAAAGACAAGAAUCCCAGGAGCUAUCGCAGCAUACGAGUGGCCCGCUGGAUCCAGCCAUCCGGCCAAACUGGCUCAAUUCUUGCUUCAGUCUGUGAUUGAGCGUGGUGCAAAGCUGUUCACAUUUUGUCCUGCCACCGAGGUGAAACAAAGUACCUCAACCUUAUGGGAUAUCCAUACCCCUCGGGGCAUUAUCACAGCAGAGAAAAUCAUUCACUGUACAAAUGCUCACGCAGCCCUCUUACUGCCCCAACUAGAAGCCUAUCUUCGGCCCAAUCGCGCACAAGCCCAUUCACUCGUGCCGACCCCAGCUUUCGCAGCGGAGAAUGCCCUUCAAAAUACAUUCUCCUUGCGUUACAGUCUCCAUCAUUUCUAUUCAUUGAUUCAGCGCAAGGGAGAUGGCACACUCAUCUUGGGAGUUUCUCGAUCUAAUCCAACUCUGAGUUCUGAGACUUUAGAUGGUCGCUUCAGUAUCGAUGAUUCUCGCUUCAAUGAGGAAAUUGCCCAAGAUGCUCUACGGAGCUUCAACAAACUCUUCCCUGAUUACACCCCUGGCGGAAACGGCAUGUUGCAUGGGGAAGGUUUAGAUCAUGCAUGGACCGGGAUCAUUGCGAUGACCACAGACUCUGUUCCUUUUGUCGGCGCGAUUGAUUCGUUGCCAGGUCAAUACAUAUGUGCUGGGUUUAACGGUCAUGGUAUGGCACGUAUCUUCACAUGUGCUCCUGGUGUUGCUGAAAUUGCGCUUGGCCGGGAGUGGAGCGAAACUGGCUUACCAGAGUGCUUCAGAUUCAGCCACGAAAGACUUUCUCGGCUUUCUAAUGGGAAUUUGCCUUCAAUAUGGUGA